GUCAGGAGCACAGAGAGAGGAAGGAAGCACAGGAGAAAAAGCCCACAAAGUUGACCAAAUGGAUUUCUUCACAGGAGUCCGGCCUUUAUUAUUUUCAUAUGUUCUGAUUAACGGUAUCCUUAUUACCCUGCAGACCAAAGAAGAGGUGCUUCUGGACAUGCAGUCCUCAGGAGGCGAGCUGGGCUGGCUGACAUUAGACCAGGGGGAGAAGCCCGGGUGGGAGAUCGUCCAAAGGCGCGUGAAUGGUUCUCAGUUGUACACUUAUUCCGUCUGCAAUGUUGGCGAACGUGAACAAGACAACUGGCUCCGCACCACCUUCAUCCAGCGGCGACCGUCGGCCUCGCGGGUCUUUGUGGAGCUCCAGUUCAUCGUACGCGACUGCAACUCCUUUGACGGUGCCUCAGUGAUCUGCAAGGAAACCUUCAACCUCUUCACCUCAGAGUCGGACGUCGACGUGGGCACCACCUUUCGCAGGGGUCUUUUCAAGAAAGUGGCCACCAUCGCUCCCGAUGAGAUCAGCAACAAGGGCGAGCUACAGAUCAACACCGAGACACGCGUGGUGGAGAACCUCUCGCGCAAGGGCUUCUACUUGGCUUUCCAAGACAUCGGCGCGUGUGUCGCUCUCCUCUCGGUGAGGGUUUACUACAAAACCUGCCCCGCCACGGUGAUGAGCCUCGCGUCCUUCAAGGAAACAGUCGCCGGCGGCGAGAACCAGGCUCUGAGGCAAGUGAGCGGGAUAUGCGUGGAUAACGCCAUCAGCGAGGAGCUGCCUCGUAUUUACUGCACCGUGGAUGGAAAGUGGUUGGUGCCCGUUGGACAGUGCCAGUGCAAAGAGGGCUAUGAAGAAGUCAAAGACAUGUGUCAAGAAUGUCAGCCAGGCUUCUUCAAAGCGGAAGCUUCCGGUGAUAAGUGUCAACCGUGUCCUGCCAACACCCAGAGGCUGGGCUCCGGGGCUUUGUUCUGUCCGUGUAUGGAUGGCUUCUACCGGGCCCCCAGUGACCCCUCCACCGGACCCUGCUCAGGCCUCCCCACUGCUCCCAGAGACCUCGCAGCGACCAUCACUCAACUAUCUGCCGGGAGAAUCCUCCUCUCCUGGAGCCCCCCGGAGGACACCGGGGGUCGCGCGGACAUCACCUACAGCGUAGAAUGCCAACGCUGCGAAGGCUCGGCGUGUCAACUCUGCGGCGACAAGAUCCAUUACGAGCCAUCCAGCGUGGGUCUGACGGACACUAAGGUGUCGGUGAGCGAGCUGGACGCUCACCUCAACUACACUUUUACUGUGGAGGCUCACAGCGGCGUGUCCGUGCUGGUCGCUCAGGCAUCGCCACGGGCGAACAGGCCGCCGUCCACCAGCGCCCUGACGACAUCUCUGCACUACACAGAUCCUCCAAAGAUUACCGCCGUACGACUUGUCGAGAAAACCGCCUCCAGACUGUCCAUUUCCUGGGACGUGUCACGCCGACCACGCUUUCAACCUCGGCCAGUCCGCUAUGAGCUUACCUAUCGCAAAAAGGAUGACAAUCUGGACAUGACUACCUACACUGUGCUGAUCCUGGAGAAGAGCUCAGUGGAGAUCAAUGAUCUGGCCCCCGGCACUGCCUACCUGUUCCGGGUGCAGGCCCUCAGCAGUGACGGAACCCCCGGAGGCUCCAGUGUGGAAGAACAGUUUGAAACGUCCUCAGCAGAACCUCUGACUCAGACCAAUCCCGCGCUGGUUUUUGGCGUGCCAAUCCUAGGCGCAGCCGCGUUGUUCAUACUGGUUCUGGUGGUCUUCCUCCGCAGACGGAAAAGAAACUCUCACAGCAGACAAGGACCAGAGGACGCUUACUUCUCCAGCUCAGAGCAACUGAAGCCUCUGAAGACCUACGUGGACCCGCACACAUACGAGGACCCCAACACGGCUGUCCUUAAAUUUGCCACAGAAAUCCAUCCCAACCACAUAACCAAACAGAAAGUCAUCGGAGCCGGGGAGUUUGGUGAGGUGUACCGUGGUAUUUUGAAGACGCCCGGCAGGAUGGAGGUGGCGGUGGCUGUCAAGACGCUAAAGCCUGGCUACUCCGAGAAACAAAGGCAGGACUUUCUGAGCGAGGCCUCCAUCAUGGGACAGUUCUCCCACCAGAACAUCAUUCACCUGGAGGGAGUGGUUACCAAAUUCAAACACGCCAUGAUUGUGACUGAAUACAUGGAGAAUGGAGCACUGGACAGGUAUCUUAGGGACCGUGACGGAGAGAUUUCCUCCUUCCAGCUGGUGGGCAUGCUGCGUGGCAUAGCUGCUGGCAUGAAGUACCUCUCUGAUAUGAGCUACGUCCACCGUGACCUGGCCGCUCGUAACAUCCUGGUCAACACCGCUCUGGAGUGUAAAGUGUCCGACUUUGGCUUGUCGAGAGUUCUUGAGGACGAUCCUGAGGGAACAUACACUACGAGUGGCGGUAAGAUCCCCAUACGUUGGACAGCUCCUGAGGCAAUCGCAUACAGGAAGUUCACCUCAGCCAGCGACGUGUGGAGUUUUGGCAUCGUCAUGUGGGAGGUCAUGGCUUUUGGCGAACGGCCUUACUGGGACAUGAGUAAUCACGAGGUGAUGAAGGCCAUCAACGAGGCUUUCAGGCUGCCGGCGCCUAUGGACUGUCCCUCGACUGUUUACCAGCUAAUGCUGCAGUGCUGGCUGCAGGACCGCUCGAAAAGGCCACGUUUCGGGGACAUUGUCAGCCUGCUGGACAAACUGCUACGCAGUCCAGAUUCCCUGAAGACCAUUGCGGACUUUGAUCCACGCGUUUCCAUCCGCCUGCCCAGCGUCAGCGGCUCGGACGGUUCCCCCUUCAGGUCGGUGUCCGAGUGGCUGGAGUCUAUAAAGAUGAGUCAGUACAUCGACAACUUCAACUGCGCCGGCAUCGUCAGCAUGGACCAAGUCCUGCAGAUGAAGAACGAGGAUAUCAAGAACAUCGGAGUCAGGCUUCCCGGCCAUUUGAAAAGAAUCGCCUACAGCAUUUUGGGCUUAAAGGACCAGACGAGCACCCUGAGUGUGUUUGCAGUGUGAUGGGCGUCAUCAAUGGACUGCAGAUCAAGCACUGAAGCAGGAAGCCCAUUUUGGACUCUUAAUUGAGCUGGAGCGACACUGCAUGGUCGGCUGCCGACGGACACCACCAAAAGAACCGUGCCAUCCUUUAGGGCCCGCCUGACACAAGCAAACGUAGUGUACAGUUUUUCUAUCCACAAAGAGAAUGCAGCCAAAACAUCAACAAAUAGAUGUACAAGUAGAUUUUUCUUUCUCUGCCUAAAUGAUUCAUCUUCCAGGCCUUCUAUCAACUUUGCAUUCCUGUCUCGAAGAAAAGAAGAAAAAAAAAGACUUGUGGGAAUUGCUUCACAAAUGUGCACCCAGUAUCGAGUAAACACAGAAGGUGUGGCGGCGUGGGAGGAGAGAAGGACAGAGGAGUCCAGCUUUGGCUUCCUUCCACUUCCUGUUAAACCGGUGAGGACAUGUGAGGUCAAAAUAAGGC